AGAGAAACAAGAGCCGCAAACUUGACCCAUAUGAUGAGAGGAGGUAAUCCUCACUUUUUUUUCCCCACUUUUUCCUUUGGAUAAUCUGUAAACCAUCAGAUAGAGAGGGGGUUUUGUGAUAUCUUUUUUUUUUUCCUAGGUGAAAGAAAGAAGUAGAGAUCAUGAGAGAGAAUCCAGUCAUGACCAAGACCAAGCUGAUAGUCAUGACCGAGGGAGGGAUUAUGAUUGAAGGAGCAGAGAUUUUGACAGGUACAAUGAUGGAGAACGUGGUAGGGAUUAUGAGUGCUCCUGGACUUAUGAUUCUAGAAGUCACAACAGGUCAUGUUCAAGGUCUAAGGAACGCUCCAGGGAUUAUGAUCGUCACAGGUAGGGCUGUAAGAAGCCAUGCUUCUUUCAACAAGUUGAACUCAAGAUAAUAGUAACCCCAGUUUGUAUUUGGUUUCUUUUAGUUAAGUGAGUUGGCUUAAACAUUUUAGUGCUUGGCCUGAGAAUUAGCCAUUCCUUGCUUGUUUAACAAUAUAUCAUUAAUUUUGUU